AUGUCGCACACACUGUCCGUCAAGCGUCAAAUAGACGGUCUGUUUUCACGACGUGAAUUGUUUGCCUCAGAUGGGCGGCGACGUUAUGAGCGUGGGGUGGGUGCAGGUGUGGGUGCAGGCGUGGGUGCUGGCGUGGGUGCAGGCGUGGGUGCAGGCGUAGGUGCGAAACAGCUUCUCAUCUUAUUCUUCACUCUUCUUGCCACUUUCUGCCGUCUGGCAGUAGGAAAUAGAGACAGCGAGAUAUCCUCGGCCAACUUCCGGGCCCGUGAGAAACAAAUCAUUGAUGAGAUUAUUGGUCCAGCCAACUAUGACAAGCGCAUCCGGCCAGCCGGAGCUAAUGAUACCGGUCCAGCCAUUGUUCACAUCAACAUAAUGAUCCGUAACGUACAGACCAUCUCAGACGUCAAAAUGGAGUACAGCAUCCAGAUCACCUUCCGUGAACAGUGGAAAGAUCAUCGUCUCACCUUCGACAACAUGGGAGGACGCAUCCAGUACCUGACGCUGACGGAUACAGACAUGGUGUGGAUGCCUGACUUGUUCUUCAAGAACGAGAAGGAAGGACACUUCCACAAGAUCAUUCUACCCAACCUUUACAUCCGUAUCUACCCAGAUGGUGGCGUCCUCUAUAGUAUCAGAAUCUCGCUGACAUUGUCAUGUCCCAUGGAUCUGAAGCUGUUCCCACUAGACCGUCAGCAGUGUCAGCUCCUCAUGGCCUCCUACGGGUGGACCACAGAGGACCUGGUGUUCCUCUGGAAGGACGUUGAUCCCGUGCAGGUGACCAAGAACCUUCACCUGCCUCGCUUCACCUUAGAGAAGUUCAUCACUGACUACUGCAACAGCAAGACCAACACUGGUGAAUACAGUUGCCUUCGCGUAGACCUCGUCUUCAAGAGAGAGUUCUCGUACUACCUCAUCCAGUACUACAUCCCCUGCUGUAUGUUGGUGAUCGUGUCUUGGGUGUCCUUCUGGCUCGACCAGAACGCCGUCCCCGCCAGGGUGUCCCUGGGGGUAACCACGCUCCUGACGAUGUCCACGCAGACCUCCAGUAUAAAUAAUACGCUGCCGCCCGUAUCCUACACCAAGGCCAUUGACGUGUGGACCGGCGUAUGCCUCACCUUCGUCUUCGGGGCGCUGCUGGAGUUCGCGCUCGUCAACUACGCCUCGCGCUCCGAUAAACACCGUGAGAAGAUGAAGGAGAAGCUGAAGGAGCAAAAGAAACAGUGGGAGGCGGAACACGCCGCAGCGUUGGAAGCCGCCAUGCAGGACCAGACUGAAGACGGGCACACCUUUGCUAUGCCGGCUUCUCCACCCCGUCCACGACGGUUGAUGGACCUGCUUAUCGCUAAGACGAAGCCACUGGUGUCACGUCACAACGGCGGGAUGGGUGGGGACAAGGGGCGUCCCUGCGAGAUCCACCUUCAGGCGCCUCGCAAGAACUGUUGCAGGACGUGGCUGGCCAAGUUUCCAACCCGUAGCAAGCGCAUAGAUGUCAUUUCGCGCAUCACCUUCCCUCUGGUCUUCGCCUUCUUUAACAUGGCAUACUGGAGCACCUAUCUCUUCACCGAAGAUGAAGAGGAGGAGGAUAACCCCAAGUAAACUAAGAGUUAGCAGCUUGGUUUGACACCUGAGCAGACGUGGGAGGCUUGGAUGGGUGCAGCUGCUGACCGAAAUAUCGAGUACUUUUCCAUCUGAGAGAAACCUCGUAUGUGUCUUUCCAUCUAAGUGGGACGGAAUAUCACUACCCAUCUGAGACGAAACAUCAAUACUUGGAUGGGUAGAUAACCCCCGAGUAACGUGAAUCAUUAACGUGGUGCAACUUAGAGGAUUAGAAUCGUAAACGUGUGGUAUUAUAAGUGACUAGACUCUUGGGAUGCCGGAUUCUGGAUCACUGGAACGAUGGAUGGCAGAAUCCAUGAAUGACUGGUAAUAUAGACAACUGGAACCACAAACAAUUGGUACUUAGAGAGCUGAAACUCAUCUGAAGCUGAAGAAUCAGUUACCUAAAUUCCUAUUAGACAGAAAGAUAAAUUUAUGACUGUAAUCCUGGAAAAUAACGUUCCAUAGAAACUGGAACAAUAAAUAACUGGGAAUAUUUAGUAGCGUGGUUCAUGGUUAACCUGGACUACUGACAACUGAAUCACUGAAUGACUGGGAACGUAGGUAACUAGAAAAGUAGUGAUUGGUCCGGUAAAAAAGAUUCCGGAAAAACGAAGAGCGAAGACAGUUUAUGGAUUCACCGUAACAACUGGAAAAACGUCAACAAAUUAUAUCCACGAAUCCGGAUUCCUACUUCGUCGUACGUAACUGGAAAUAAAAGUGACAGGGACAGUAGGUAACUCUGAAAACAAAACAUAGGUACCUGAGGCAGUAUAAGUGACGUAAUGAAACAAGAAUACAUAAGAGGAUUGAGGGUAGGAUUCAGUUCUCUGUUAUGGUUCUACAAGGACUGGGCCAUCAACGGCACAGGGCGGUGACCAACGAAGGUGACUGACCAGCUUCAUCAUUAAAGCCGGAAAGGAACGAACAAUGUUUACGAAUCCGACUGCGAGGUAUAUAUUAAAGCGUCGGUGUAGAGAAGGGCAGAGGGUAAAUACUCUGAGAGAUAAGAAUAACAUUAGUAAUAAUAUAUUAGUGAUUCCUGUUCUUCCAAGUGAGAUUAUCCUCUACAUAAAAGCCAUGUAAAUUUGUGUGUGUAUAUAUAAAGACGAAUUGUAAACGAAUAUCUUGAGUUUGAGGAAUGUAUAUGUAAAUAUUUAGGAGAACUAAUUACUUUAGCGACCUGAUCUCUGGAACUAAGACCGGUAUCUUCAUGUCAUGAUUAGCGUUGGUCAAGUCCCUGAACAUUUGAAAAAAAAAUUACCACUGUUUAUCGUGAUUUUUCCGAACCAAAUCUACCCCCCAAAUUUUUUUUUUUGAGAGGGUAGGGGGAGGGAGAUUUCGAGAGAUGACCAAAAUUUGGAAGACGUUCUGCAAGUGAGUUACCACACGUUUUUUUGUUUAUUGAUAAUACGGGGAUGUAUAAAUAUUGAUAACUACACGAUAAUGUGAGGGUAGAUAACAGGAAAAUCACCAGUAAGAAAUGUGACAUGUAUGAUGUGAUGUUACGUAACAUGACAUAUAUGUUACGUAAGAUGACCCUGAUGUCACGUAACAUUUCCCAAAUGUCACAUAGCAUGACCCAGAUGUCACGUAACAUGGCCCAGAUGUCACGUAACAUUUCCCAGAUGUCACGUAACGUAGCACAGCAGUCACGUAACAUGGCCCAGAUGUCACGUAACAGUCAUAAUACUCCUUCACUCUCUGGUAACAGUGACUUUUCUAGUAAAAUUGUUACCACCAAUCAUCUGUUAAAUAGUUGUACAAAGAAGUUAAUAACCAGUAAGACAUCUUUAAUGUUGACAAGACGUCAGUGAUGUCAGAUUGCCAGAGUUUCCUUAGCAAUAAUUACACUGUAUCCUCACCUUCAAGGCAAACAUGAGAGAGCUUCCAACUCUACAGGGAUCAAGUAUAUGGGAUGUAAGAGCAUUGAAGGAGGAUUCGCUUCAUAUAGCAGUAUUUUUUUAAUUUCUUGGGGUAGCUAGUUGUUUAUGUUUUGUUUACUAACAGUAGGACAUUGUUUACUAACAGUAGGACAUUGUUUACUAACAGUGGGACUUUGUUUACUAACAGUAGGACUUUGUUUACUAACAGUAGGACAUUGUUUACUAACAGUAGGACUUUGUUUACUAACAGUAGGACAUUGUUUACUAACAGUAGGACUUUGUUUACUAACAGUAGGACUUUGUUUACUAACAGUAGGACAUUGUUAACUAACAGUGGGACUUUGUUUACUAACAGUGGGACUUUGUUUACUAACAGUGGGACUUUGUUUACUAACAGUAGGACUUUGUUUACUAACAGUAGGACUUUGUUUACUAACAGUAGGACUUUGUUUACUAACAGUAGAACUUUGUUUACUAACAGUAGGACAUUGUUUACUAACAGUGGGACUUUGUUUACUAACAGUGGGACUUUGUUUACUAACAGUAGGACUUUGUUUACUAACAGUGUUGACAGCAGGGAGGGGUUGACAGCAGAGAGGGGUUGACAGCAGGGAGGGGUUGACAGCAGGGAGGGGUUGACAGCAGGGAGGGGUUGACAGCAGUGAGGGGCUGACAGCAGGGAGGGGUUGACAGCAAGGAAGGGGUUGACAGCAGGGAGGGGUUGACAGCAGAGAGGGGUUGACAGCAGGGAGAGGGUUGACAGCAGAGAGGGGUUGACAGCAGAGAGGGGUUGACAGCAGGGAGAGGUUGACAGCAGGAAGGAGUUGACAGCAGGGAGGAGUUGACAGCAGGGACUGGUUGAGAGCAGUUAGGGGUUGACAUCAAAGAGGGGUUGACAGCAGGGAAGUUUUGACAGCUGGGAGGAAUUGACAGCAGGGAGGGAUUGACAGUAGUGAGAGAUUAACAGCAGGUAGAGCUUGACAGUAGGGAGGGAUUAACAGCAGUUAGAGCUUGACAGUAGGGAGGGGUUGACAGCAGGGAGAGAUUGACAGUAGGGAGGGAUUAACAGCAGGGAGAGAUUGACAGUAGGGAGGGAUUAACAACAGGGAGGGAUUAACAGCAGGGAGAGAUUGGAAGUAGGGAGGGAUUAACAGCAGGGAGAGAUUGACAGUAGGGAGGGAUUAACAGCAGGGAGGGGCUGACAGUAGGGAGGAGUGACACCAGGGAGGGGUUGACAGCAGGAAGGGGUUAACAGCAGGGAAGGGUUGACAGCAGCGAGGGGUUGACAGCAGAGAGGGGCUGACACUAGAAAGGGAGUGACACUAGGCAGAAGUUGACAGCAUCCAGGGUUGACAGCAUCCAGGGGUUGACAGCAUCCAGGGGUUGAGAGCAUCCAGGGGUUGACAGCAUCCAGGGGUUGACAGCAUCCAGGGGGUGACAUCAUCCAGGGGUUGACAGCAUCCAGGGGUUGAUAGCAUCCAGGGGUUGACAGCAUCCAGGGGUUGACAGCAUCCAGGGGUUGACAGCAUCUAGAGGUUGACAGCAUCCAGAGAUUGACAUCAUCCAGGGGUUGACAGCAUCCAGGGGUUGACAGCAUCCAGGGGUUGACAGCAUCCAGGGGUUGACAGCAUCCAGGGGUUGACAGCAUCCAGGGGUUGACAUCAUCCAGGGGUUGACAGCAUCCAGGGGUUGACAGCAUCCAGGGGUUGACAGCAUCCAGGGGUUGACAGCAUCCAGGGGUUGACAGCAUCCAGAGGUUGACAGCAUCCAGAGAUUGACAUCAUCCAGGGGUUGACAGC